CAGACUGACCACUCAUGAGGCCCUGGGCAAUAGGGGAUCAUGGGGCCCCUGUGUCCUUGCCCAAACUCAAAAAAGCCUGUGAAAAAGAUACCAGGGUCAUCUCAUGGGGCCCCCUACUGACCCCGGGCCCUCGGGCAGUGCCCGAGUUUCCAAAUGGUCAGUCCGCCCCUGGGAGAAUUGCAUCGAUUUCACCUGCAAUUUGAAAUGCCCUCGUGUGAAUGGAGCCUAAAUCAUGCACAGUUUGAGGACCUUGUGGGGUUC